UGAAGAUGAACACCGCUUGAAUAGAGUGGAGACCUUCGGACCGCGUGGUAGUUAAGUCAUUUGACAGAUCAGUACCAGUGAAAAGCUUUUAUUUAUGAUAGGGACAAAGCGUGACAUUGGACAUUGACCAUAAUUGGUUUAAAGGACUGUAAAGUGAAAGUGGAAAAACAAAGGAAUUUUACUGUACAAUUGUGAGUACUUGUUGUACAGUGUGAGAAAAUGUUGCUCAAGGCACUAUUUCUCGCAUAUCUAUCGAUACUGGGUCCGCCACUAGUGAAAGCUGUCAAGGAUGCACUGUAUGCAUACGCACCGGAAUACGCACAUCCAUCGUACUCGUUUAGUUACGGUGUGAAGGAUCUGCACAGCGGUGACGUGAAAUCCCAAUGGGAAACUCGCGAUGAUGGAAUCGUCAAAGGGCACUACAGCGUAGUAGAACCGGAUGGAUCAAUUCGUGAGGUGGACUACACGGCAGAUUCCAAAACAGGAUUUAAUGCGGUGGUGAAAACUCAUGGACCCAACGCACAUCCUGUUGUCGACGAACACGAGCACUAUCGAUACGAUGAACAUCACUCGCAGUCCAAAAUAAAUCACUACAGCAAAAAUCAGGAUCACAUUAUUCUAAGCUCAGAUGUGCCCCAACAUGAGCAAGACAUUGCAGAGAUCAGCGAAAAGAAGCGACCAACUCCGGCUCUUCUCGAACUGAAACCGCACGUUAACUUCGCUCAUGAACACAAAGGAUAUCGACCUUCUUUCACCGGGGACAACGGAGAGUUCUUUUCGAAAGAGUUCGAUUUUAGCAAAGACAGCUUCAAACCAACAAUUCGGAUCGAAGAAGUCAAAGCUCCUGAUCUAUCAAAACUAAAACCCAUUUCUCCCUCGGUUGAUUUUUCCAACCUUGGAGAGAAGGAACUGGGUCCGUACUACAAAAAGGACGUAGUCUAUCAACCAUUCGCUCAAUACAAUAAUCAAGUGUCACAUCCUGUCACACUUCAGAAAGCCAAACUUGGUGGCAUCCGCCAAUCGAAUGGUCCCAAGAAAAAUCUUCUAAAGCCAUACACCACACCGGGUCUCAAACAUUUCACAACCCCAAAGGUGUAUCAGUUCAAGGCACGUGGAGGGCCUCCGCGGCCAGACUACUCCAGCUAUUUCCAGCCGCCGACUCCUGUGAGACAGGCACGAAGUGGUCCAAUGCUGUUUCCCACUUCUCCGGAAGCUCAGAUGGUUGCGUCCCAGCGGAUGGUUCAGUCAAUGAUGAGCCUACAACAACAACGGAGGAUUCCUAUGUAUGCCAGAGAAUACUCAUAAGAGCAUUCCCAAUGGUGUCCUAUGCUGUUUUUCAUUUCCUAGUGCAAUACGGAAUGAGCUGGCGAUAAUCGCCAACAGCUCUUCCAAAUCCGGUGCUCCAUUACCUGUGCGAAGGAGUUGCUAAUAUUGUUGGCAACCAAUCUAUUUAUGAAAUUUUUAAUAUAAUUUUAAUGUGAUAAAAUAAGAAUAGAUGUAUUCGCUGUAUAUUUUGAGUAAGUGAAAUCGCAUUUGAAUAAUAAACUUAUUACUAACGGUUAA